AUGAUGGAGAGCGUCACAAGUAUUACUAAUUUUUUCAACAAAUCUCCAAAGCGCCAGCUACUUUUAGAAGAAAUGGUCAAAAAACAUAUUCCCAAUUGUAAGCACACCAAGCUUUUAGAUGUUUGCCAAACAAGAUGGGUUCUUCGUAUAGAUGGACUAGAAAGGUUCAUUGAAAUGUAUAAAGCAAUUGCUGAAGCAAUGUUUGCAAUAAAGGAUAACGUAGAUGGGAAGUGGUAUACAAGUGCUACAGAAGCUUAUGCAUUGUCUUCUCUUCUUUCCAAUUUUGAUUUUAUUGUUACCCUGUUUGUUGUCAGAAUGUACCUUGGAUAUAUAAGAUCUGCUACAGUACAAUUACAAGGGGCUCACAUUGAUAUCAUUAAUGGGCUUAAUGAAAUUUCUAUGAUGAAGACCUCUUUGCAGACAGCAAGAAAUUUGAUAGACAGUUAUAAUCGUGUCUGGUUUCAGGUGGCAGAAGACAUUGCUAAGAAUGUAGGUGUAGCUGCUCACUCACCCAGGAUAUGUGGAAGACAAACUUACAGAGGGAAUGCCCCAGCUAGUGAUACCUGCUCAUAUUAUAAAUGCAAUUUGUCAAUCCCAUUUUUGGACCAUUUUCUACAAGAGCUUUCAACCAGAUUUUCUGAGACCAAUUGUGUUACAUACAAGGCUUUAGCAAUUGUUCCAUCAAUAAUGGUCACUGAAUAUUCUAAAGAUAAAAACAUUGGCCAGAAGCGUUACCAUGCAGAGGCAUUUGGAGAAUGCUCCAAAGAAUCAGAAGUCCAAGUCAUUCCUGAUAUUCAAAGAACUCUCCAGGGUGAAAACUCUGAUAUUUCUCCACGGCACAUUAAAAUACAACGGAUUGCUAAAAUUUGGAAGAAAGAUUUUCAACGCUUCUGUGAACAGUAUGAAGAAGAUUUACCGAGUCCCUUGACAAUUUCCCAUGAAGUGGACAACUGGGAAUCAUUUUGGCUUAGCUAUUCCACGGAAAGGCUACCAGAUAACUUAUCAGAAACCAUUAAACUCACAAAACCAGAUACAUUCCCAAACAUUUCAACUGCACUAAGAGAUUUGGCAACUCUUCCAAUUACAAGCUGUACAUGUGAACGCUCAGCCUCAUCAGUUCGUCUUCUUAAAAGCUAUCUUCGUAGCACCAUGUCCCAAGAAUGGCUCAAUAGAUUAGCAUCUCUGUACUCACACAAAGAUAUUAAAGUUAAUAUAAAUAAAGUUGCUGAUUUAUUUGGAAGAAAGUCCAGACGAAUGUCAACAGCUAACAUCUUGGUUUCAGAUCAAAUAAUCUCUGAAUAUGAUGAAUCAGUAACAUCUGAAAUCUAUUAA